AUGCGGGCUCACUUUGUGCUCCCGUCACUGCUCGGGGCGAUCGCCUUACUCGCCUGGCCAGUGUCGGUCUCUUCAUCUAUCACCUACUGUUCGUCCGUGAACACGGGUUCUUCCCAAGCCGCAAAUGAGAGUACGUUCCAGUCCAACGGUCUCUGCGAGGAUCAUUGCAGUUCCUAUGCGUUCGGUAUCCUGCAAGGCUACGACUGCUGGUGUUCGAACAUUGCUCCGAAUUCUGCAACCAACGUGAACAACUCGAAAUGCAGCCAAGAUUGUCCCGGAUACCCGGAUGACAGCUGUGGAAGCACUUCUAAGGGCCUGUAUGCCUACGUCGAAGUCGUCGGUAACCAGCCUUCGGGCACCGCGACCGUCUCUUCAACUUCAACCACAUCAACGUCGACAUCGUCGACGCAAUCGUCUUCUACGACAUCAGCUGCCACUACAACUACUGGCCAGACUGUGUCGACCGAGACCAAUGCCGGGGGUACGGUCAAGACGGUCACUCUUGCAGCACCACAGCCGACCGCAACGGCGUCCAGUACGGGCACGUCGUCCAAGUCCACUAGCAGCUCGGGCAUGAGCUCGGGAACGAUUGCUGGUAUUGUGGUGGGAUCCAUCGGUGGUGCCCUUGCAAUCAUUGCUCUGAUAUUUGUUCUUUUCUUCGCGAAACGCAAGCAGCGUGCGAGCAGCCCUGAUCCAAGUGUACAGAACAUCCUACUGGACGGAAGACAAAGCAAAGGCUCACAGAUGAGUUUCAUGAAGGGCAUGUUUUCCGAUAACCAUAGUCAUACGCUAUCGGCCGGAUCGUCGAUCGCCGCCCACCGUUUGCCAACGUUCACGGACAACCGCAUGAAGACCGAUACCGUCCUGUUUGCCAAUGGUCGUCGUGACAGCGAUGCAUCGCUGCAAGACAACGAGGACUAUUCUCGUCCUGUCCUACGGCUCACGAACCCGGACUAA